UCAAUGUUUCUCGAGCACAAAGGUCGUAAGAACAACGAGAAUCGUCAGGGCAGGAAGGCCAUCCCAUUCCAGCAAUACACGGGACAGGCUGGAGGGAUGGUCUCGACCGGCGGUCCGACACCGAGGCUCCCGGUGACCGAGAGGAAGGCAUAAUCAGACCUCCGGUCGUUGGUGCGCCUGGGCAUGCAGACAUGACGUUCAACACUCGUUCGAAGUUCGAAAUUCGAAAUCCGGCGCGGCCAGGUUUCGAUUUCUUCGUGAAGAAGCCAGCGCCGGUCCGACGACCGGACAGCCUCUCGAGCGGUGGCCUAUAAAGGCUUGCUCGUGGAGCUCCCUUCAGAGCGCAGGCGAGUGCCAACCUCGACGGUCUUUGACGAUCGACGAGCGAUGGACCAGGGUGUGAUCCCUGAUGUCCUAUCGACAUAGAGUGGUCAUGAUCAUGAGUUCGCGAGAAGGCGAGCUCACGGAAUGAAAAUCAUAGGCCGUGUUAGUCGAUGAGGUCCUGCCAAGCGAUCGUGAGGAGGAAAGAACGCCCUUCUGGACCUGGCGAGACCUACGGUCUUACCGCCGGUAUUAUUCAUAGAAAAAAAGCCGCGCGAAUCGUGUACGAAUGGCAUAUUCUGGACCACGAUACAGAGCGAAGCGAAGAUUGUGUCUUUGUCGCGCCGGUAGUUGUUAGAUAGAUAGCCUGGUGGCACCGAUUUGUCUUCAUUUGCAUGGACAGGCCACCGAAACAGUGCGAAGGAAGGAUGGGUAUAAAAAAGGAAGUUGUUAUGGAUUGUCAAUUUUUUUGUUUCUGAAUCCAGGACAAAUAUACUCUGAGCCUCUUGACCGUAAGAUGAAAUAGGUUGCGAAUGUUGGCAGUCUUCGUAGUGAACAAACGAGGACUAUCAAAUAGAGGAGGCCCCUAUGGUAAAUAAUGUCAAUCCUAUAUCUCCGCUUGUAUCACGGCCAUCCUCCUAUCUGAAAAUGGUGAACUUUUUCAGAACUGGAACCGAAGCUGGUAUCUAUCGAUGAAUUUGAAUCUUUCCAAAGUUUAGUCGUUCUAAUGCUUCCCAUCUGAGAAGAUGUGCCGUAGCACGACUCGUGUGGCCUUCCGUCUUCUGCGAUGCUGCUUAUAAUUGCUAGCAUAAGUUCCGGGUAGGAUCACGAGUGGUACAGAAAAGGUAGAAUGAGCGAUGUUUCCGGAACACCUGUUCUUUCACAUGAUAUUUUCUUUGCUCUGCAACACAGGGCAGCAUACGAAGACAUUUUCAAGGAUUCAUUACCCACCUCGUUUAGCACGUCAAAAGAUGAGAAACCGUCGGCCUGGUAUUGAGGAGCAAUUUUAGCCGAGCAGUUCACAGGCUACACGCAUAUCUUGAAGUCAAUGAGCUGAACUUCGACUACCAUGAGGGAAAUGAGAGUCAAUCGCCUGUAACGGAUGAAGGGGCGGUACAGGAUAAACUCAGAAAUUCAAGCAUUAAAAUCUGGGACUAUGACAACGAUGAAAACUCUGCAGUGGGUUCUGACAUUCAGUGCAGCGUACGCUGCUGUAUGUAUCGGAGACGACAGUUCCUAUAUGGACGUCGACACGGUGGACCUCUUGUCGACGCACAAACUUUGCAGCACGGAUUGCGAAUCAAAGUGGUGUUAUGUGCCACCUGCGUUAAGGUACGGAAAGUACUGUGGGAUCGGAUACAGUGGAUGUGAUGGCCAAGAUCCUUGUGAUGGUCUGGACGCAUGUUACAAGACACACGAUCAAUGCAUCGGCAGUAAAUUGUGUAAUUACUUGAAUGUGGACUGCAAUCAAGCUUUGAUUGAUUGUUUGAACAUCUUCCAGGCUUCCGGAGCUUCCCAAUUUGCAGGUGCUAACUGUAGUACCGGGACUUUAGUGGGAGUUAUAAACGCUGUAAUAGAGAUCGGAGUGAAGGCUGGAGAAGCUUUAAAUAGGACAGGUAAGUGCUAAAUAUCUUGGAGUACACUCCCUCAACGCGGAGUAGGUCUAGAAUGCUACUGCCUCUGGAAGUGUUUGAGAGGUUCGUCAAUGUGGUUAAAGUUGUCAAGGGGUUGUUUUUACCCUAAAAUCACGGUGAUGACCAGGUGGAGCUCAUUGUUUGAUCAGAUUGGAAUAUUUCUCUGACUUCCUGGAAAGUCCUGUCCUGUAAGUUUUUGAGUAGUUACCAUCUGCCUUACUGCUCGACUUCACUACAGUACGGAAAUCUUGCCAUUUGGAUUCUCGGACUUCUAUUUCUAAUAAAACGUUGGGUAAAGAUCAGAGAAGAUUGAAGAUACUAUGAUAAAUACGGGCCGGAAAUUUAGAAUGGGGACGUUCAGGAAAAAAAAAGGCAUAAGAUAAUUACGAACCAGUUGUUUACGAAUUGUUGCAGUUGAGGUGUUUGCCGUCAAGGAAAAAGAAUUGAUCCACCACUCAGAGCAGGAUACGGAGGAUUCUUCUACGAUUUUAAAUAGAAGCAAUGUCGCUCAUUGAAUAGCAUAAGUUUCCCAUUCCACACAAAGCUCAGUCGUACCUUCAUAUUUAGUUCUCUCAUCAACAUGGUUUUGGCGUACCUACAAACCACAUACUCCUGGGGAUGUACCUUGCUGUACGUAACAGUUUAGUCAAUACUCUGUGAUUUUACUAUGUGGAAUUCAAAUGCCGUGUCC